UGCAUGUGAAGUUAAAUUUUUUACAGUGAAAAUCCGCGCCCCCAACGUAGAUGCAAGUGCAACCGCAUUUGAAACUCUAGCAUCGACCGUGUUUAUAUCGAAGAAACAUAAGCCAUGAGGAUAUGCAAGGCCGGCGUGAUAAUCGCCUUCGUUAUCCUGAUGCAAGGUCCCAUUGAAGCGACGUCCAUAAACAUCUUGAGGGCUUUCUUAUCACCGCCGGUCCCCCGACUUACCCGCGUCAGAAACGCGUCUCCUCGAGAACUCAGGCUGAAGAAUUCAUUUGCAGUCUCUGACUUUCUGGGAUUAGUUAAUCAGUAUGAUUAUCCAGCCGAGGAGCACAACGUGACGACCACGGACGGCUACAAUCUAAGAAUCCACAGAAUUCCCGGCAGCAUGCGUUCAUCUUCGGUUAAAAAGAAGCCCGUAGUUUUGGUCCAGCAUGGCCUCCUGGCGUCGUCUGACAGUUGGGUUUUAAUGGGCCCUGAAAAGGAUUUAGUAUUUCUACUCGCGGACGCCGGGUACGAUGUGUGGGUCGGCAACUUUCGAGGCAAUUCGUACUCAAGAUCUCACAUCGUUCUAAGUCCCAAUGAUCCGAAAUUUUGGCAAUUCAGUUUCCACGAAAUGGCGUACUACGACCUUCCGGCUAUGAUAGACUACGCUCUCGACCAUACUGGCCAAAAGAGUUUGAUCUACAUCGGACACUCCAUGGGGACGACUGCUAGCUAUAUUCUGCUCUCGAACAGACCGGAGUACAACAAGCGAUUGCGGUUGGUUGUCAGUUUAGCGCCAAUCGCCUACUGGAUGCACACACAUACGGGAAUCCUAAAAUUGGCUGUGGAUAACGGUGAUUUCAUAGAGCGAACAUUUCGUGAUCAGGGUAUUUUCGAACUAUAUCCACAAAGCACUCUCAUCGCACGACUGGCAGACUCACUGUGCAACGAAAAAGCUGCUACCUACAAAGUUUGCAUUAACACAAUCUUUACUUUUUCUGGAUUCGACCCCGAGCAAUUCAACACUAGUCUUAUUCCUUACUUCGCGCGCUACUUUCCUGCCGGGGUAUCGCUCAAGACGCUGACGCACUUUUAUCAGCACAUGUCUACCGGUAAAUUCAGGCAGUACGAUUACGGCUACGUCGAGAAUUUCGGACGCUACCAGCAGGCCGAACCACCGGCUUACGACGUCUCCAAGAUCACGGCACCAGUCGCUCUCUUCUACGGUAGGAACGACGCCCUUUCCCUCGAAGUGGACGUUAUGGAACUGAGGAAAAGGCUGCGGAACGUUGUAGCUUCUGUCGCAAUAUCUUACCCGGCGUUCAAUCACCUUGACUUCAUAUGGGCUACCGACGCCAAACGUCUUCUGUACGACGACGUCAUAGAAUUUAUUCGCCGGUACAAACCAGAAAUAGUGAGAAAAACUGGAUACUACGUGGAGGAGCGAUUCGUGACUACAAAUGAUGGCUACGUUCUGAACCUGCACAGAAUGUUUGGCAGUCCAACAUCGCCACCAGCGGGAAAAAAGCCACUGGUGCUCCUCAUCCACGGUAUGGUGGCUUCAACGGACGUCUGGGUAAUGAGAGGACCGAAUAAAGACCUGUCUUAUCUCUUAGUCGACGCCGGAUAUGACGUAUGGAUGCUGAACGUGAGGGGAAACAGAUACAGCCGAAGACAUCUAUGGCUAUCUCCAAACCUUCCGGAGUACUGGAACUUCAGUUGGCACGAGAACGGAGUUUACGACACGACAACAACCAUUGACUUCAUGUUAGCGCGAACCGGAGUGCCAAAAGUUACGGUGAUCGGCCACUCUAUGGGAUGCACAAUCGCCGCUGUUCUCCUCUCCGUCUUGCCGGAAUACAACAAAAAGGUCGAUCUCGUCGUGGCUUUGGCACCGGUCAUUACUUGGACACGUCAAUAUCGGGGGCCGCUUACUUUGGGUCUGAAAUUUGCCAAGGAGACAUUUGAUUCAUUGAGGCGGAGUGGCGUCGAAGAGAUUCUUCCUCUGAGAGAAACGUCGUCACAACUGCUCUCCGGCGUCUGUCGAUCACCGUCGACCAGAGAAAUCUGCAAAUGGAUAAUUUUUCUUUUCGCCGGAAGUGCGGACCCCGAGCAGUUGGAUUCGGCGCUCGUACCAUACUUGCUCGAGCAUUACCCAGCCGGUACUUCCUUGAACACGAUCGAGCAUUACUGGCAAAAUAUAGCAAAUCAAAGCUUCAGAGAAUUUGAUUACGGAUCUGCACAGAAUUACGCUCGAUACGGCAGCAUUAUUCCGCCAGAAUACCCGUUGCACAAAAUCACCUCGCCUGUUCUAAUAUAUUACGGUCUUAACGAUCCGUUAGCACAACCGCCGGAUAUCAGAGCCCUCGCAGAACGGCUGCCAAACGUCGUGGGAUCGAAGGUGGUGCCUUGGUCUUCUUUCAAUCAUUUCGACUUUGUCCUUUCUAAGGACGCCAAAACUCUGCUGUACGACGACAUGAUGGUUAUUGAUUUAGUUUGCCAACAACAAGAGGAUUACCUCAAGAGAUUCACGCAUUCGCAUGGUCGUGUGACACAUCCAUUUAUAGUCAUAUCUGAUUUAAUAGAAACAAAUGUAUUGGGAAGCCAUUUGAGAGAAGAUAAAUCUUUGUGUGUGGUUGUCACAAAUGCGUGUAUUAUUGAUGAGGGCUUAAGAAACUUGGCAUCGACCAUGAAGCUGCUCUUCGUUCUUCUGGCAGCCUUAAUCGGCUCUGCCGUUGCAGAUGACGGUCAGAUAGUAUGGACCGAGGAAAUGGUCCAGGACCUCAUCAUGCGCUCAUCCUCCAACGCGGUUGCAACGAUCCCUGAACUGAUCACCAGCGAAGGUUACGACGCCGAGACUCAUCACGUGGUAACUGAGGAUGGAUACAUACUUGAAAUGCACCGUGUUAACGCACCUAGCAGAACAAUUAUACACCGAAAGAAGCCAGUCGCUUUCUUGAUGCACGGACUUCUCUCUAGUUCCGCUGACUGGCUUAUAAUGGGACAUGGAAAGUCUUUGGGGUACCUCUUAGCUGACGCUGGUUACGACGUGUGGCUAGGAAAUGCCAGAGGAAAUACACACUCCAAGAAUCACACCACCAUCAGGAAUUUGAACGGCCGAAGAUUCUGGCAGUUUUCAUGGCAUGAAAUUGGUGUCUACGAUCUUCCUGCGAUGAUUGACUAUGUUCUGGACACCACACGCCAGGAUCAAGUGGUAUACAUGGGUCACAGUCAAGGUACAACUGCGUUCUACGUUCUGGCCACUGAGAAGCCCGAGUACAACGACAAGAUCAAAGUCAUGUUUUCCUUGGCACCUGUCGCUUACAUGUCAAACCUUUUUAGUCCGAUGUUGAGGAUUGCGGCGACUUUCACAAAUACUCUGGAGACAUUCUUCAAUCUGUUCGGCAUGUACGAAUUCAUGCCAAGCUCCGCUCUGCUCAGUGCAGCUGGUGCCACUUUCUGCAACGAUGAUGCUUUUACUCAAUUCCUCUGCACCAACGUUCUCUUCGUUAUGUGUGGCUUCAACCAAGCUCAACUUAACACCACCCUGCUGCCGACCAUUUUCCAAUAUUCUCCAGCCGGCGCGUCAUCUCGUCAACUGGUUCACUACGGUCAAGAAAUUAAAUCCGGCUACUUCAGAUGGUGGGAUCAAGGUGUGGCGAGCAAUUUGUUGACCUACGGAUCGCUUAGACCACCAAACUACGACCUGGGCAAGAUUACUGCACCUGUUCACCUGCUCUACAGUGACAACGACUGGAUGGCUGCUGUCAAGGACGUUCAACAGUUGUACGCCGAGCUUGGAAACCCCGUCGAACUGUAUCGAAUCCUCGAUGGAAAAUGGAAUCAUCUCGACUUCGUUUGGGGUAUCAAUGCCAAAGAACUCGUCUAUGAUCCUAUACUAACCAGAUUGGCAGAAAACUACGCGGGAUAAACGAUUUACCAUGUUUAAAUAAAAACAAAUUUCACAAUAAAUAGCA